UUUUCUCUGAACACAAUAGUAGAAAUAGCGCGAAAUAAGUCAAAUAGUGUGAAUCGUAAUCCAUAUACGUUUACUCGAUGAUAUUUAAGUAUUCAUAGUAUUGUAUUUAAAAAUAUAAAUAAGUGUAAUAAUGGCUACCUCCACAGAUAUUGCUACGAUAAGGGUACAGAGAUACCUAAAUAUGCCAUUAGUACAGAGAUGUAGCGAGUUGGCAGUAUUAAUAGAUGAAUCAAGUACUACGGAACUACAACAUGUAUUUCCAAUAAUAAUAGAUUCUCUGUUUGGAAUAACAGAUAAUAUUGGUUGGGGUUUGCAUAAUAUUACUUAUAAAAAGAAUCCACAGGAAUAUGAAAUGCUGUAUAAUUUUCUUAGUCCACAUGGACCAAUAUUUUCUCUUUGUUAUAAAUUACUUCCAGAUUGUUAUUUAAAAUAUAACUUUCCAAUAUCAUAUUUGCCGUCAAAGAUACGCUCGAUGUUAGAGGAGGGUGUAAUACCACCUUUCUAUCUUGACAAAAUUAGAGAAGACCAAGGAACAAGAGUUCCAUCAGCUUUAUUUAUGAAUCCCUUCGAGUAUUACAUUUUUCAUUUCGCUUACCAUUUGACGAAUCCUUGGCUACAGAUACAGCAGCAAGAAAAUGUUUGGGUAAAUUGGGAAACGGUAUAUGUUCAGUCGGCUCAUUAUUAUUUGCAUCAUUUUUUACCGAGAGAUAAUUCACCAGUUUUACCAAUAAUUGGACCGUACAUAAAAAAAACAACUCAAAGAAAAUUGAUGCAGUCGCCUGAAAAUAAAAGAGAAUGUCAUAGAUUACAAACUCCACGACUUUUGAGAGCAUCGAUAUUAUCGCCAGGAUCUACCAAUUUAGUGGUAGGAGUUCCUCAACAACAAUGUCUUCCUCAAGUAUGGAGAAGUGAGACGGUAAUACAAGUAUUUCUCGAUUUUUGGAUGGAAUAUACGGAAGACGAUCAUAUGCCUUCUCAAAUGAAUAUGUCAUACUCUACUCCUAUUCCACAUCGUCAUAGCAUUCAUUCUGGCGAACAUAUACGUCUAGUGAGAGCAUUUAUAAAAACUUUACAUGAGUUUGCAAACAGUUCAACCGGAGAUAAAAGUGCUAUGGAUGAGUUAAAAAGGAUUAUUUUGCCAUCUGUGCAAGGAAAAAUAUAUGUAUUCCUUCGAAAAGCGAUACAUCAUUGGCCUCUAGACAGUUCGUUCAGAUUAAUUUUGGAGGCAUGGUUGAGCUUUAUUCAACCAUGGAGAUAUAUUCCAGGAGUGACGUAUACAAAAGAAGGAAAACCGGAGGAAGAAGAGAGAGGCAAAAUACAUGAUCCAAGCAGAUGGAUAACUUUUGUUGCUAAUAAUCUACUGGCUUAUACGGUAAUAUUCCAACAAUUAUUACCUCGUUUUAUGAGAACUGACCUCGUGGCUCCGAAAAAUGCUUUGAUGUUAUUUAGAGUUACAAAGGUAUUUUCUCAACCUCAUUUGGCAAGGAUAUUAUCCGAAGUAGAAAGUUGCAUGGAUGAUGCCAAUCUUAACAGAAAUCGUAUGCAAUCUAGUCAAUGGACUUCUGUAGUAAGGCAACAAAUCAUGGAACUCGAAGGACCAACGUAUCAAUACAUUCCUAUGUUUUCAACAGCCACUAUUACACAAGUAACUUUUUUCUUAAGUAUAAUCAAACAAGCACAUUUAACAGCAACGAGUUUGAUCGAAGCGUUAGAAAAGAGGAAACGGAGUCAACAAUUUUUAGUUGCUCUAUGGGAAUUCUUUUACGGGGAAGAGAAUUCGUCCGAUGAUAUUUCUAUAGAGGAACGUCGUAGAGUUCCUAUAUUUUUAGCAAACGCUCAACAGCAAUUGAUCGAUAUGUUCCAAAUUUUACUAGAAGAUAUUCCACAAAUUAGUAUUACACCUGAUCAGGAAUAUCACGAAAGUAUUCUCUCGACUUCUUUCCAUCAUCAAUCUCAGAUGGACUCCUCGUUAGAUUCAAGUAGGCCAGGCGUUUUUGUACCGAUACCGGAUGGAAGACAAAAUUUUCGAUACAUCGAAUAUAUGGGAGAUCCGGAGUUACAGCCAGUUCGUUCCAACGAAUGUGCUUUUCUAGUCAGAAAUUUGUAUAAUUUUUGUGCUUAUAUAAAUAAAAAGUAUCAAUACGAGAUAAAUACUUUAUACAACAAGAGAAAUUUUCUUGGAAGUAUUUGCCGACAAGUACUUAUACCGCCAACCACGAUUGUAAAACUUCCAAAACGAACCAUUAAUGGUUUUUCAAGUGGUUACGAAGAAUUGAUACCUCCUCGAUUGAGCUUAAGACGAUUAUCUAGUUAUGGUUUCUUAAUUUUUAUGUUAGCGAGUAUGUUUAUGGCAUGGAUCACAAAUUACGGAGUACUAUGGUUAUUGUGCUUAAUGUUUUUUAUAUGGUUCGUGUACAUAUUAAUACGAGCAAUCUUCGAACCAUGGUUCCAAACAAGCACGAAUACCUUUAGACCAAACACAACCGCUUUUUCAAUAAACUAAACGUAUAAUCGAAUAUUAUAAAAAAAAAUAAUGAAUUGCUUUAUUCGAUGUGGACUAAUAUACACGAGAAUUAAUUCGCAGCAUUAUUUAAAAAAGAAAACAAUAAAAAAGAAAAAAAAAAGAGAGAGAGAAAAAUAAAAGAAAAAAAAAAAAAAGAAACAAAA